AAUAAUAACAACAAUAACAAUAAUAAUAACGAUAAUAACGAUAAGAAUGAUAAGAAUGAUAACGAUAAGAACGAUAACGAUAAUAAGAAUGAUAUUAUGCCGUCGAUAUUUCAAGAAGUUGUUGGUCAUCAACAUGAAUUUAGUAAAAAUGAUAUGUGGCUUAUUGAAAAGAAAAGGACAUAAAUAUAUAUAUAUUAUAUUCACAUAUAUAUUAUAUAUAUAUUAUUUAAAUAUUUUGUUUAUAUAAAUAUUAUCCAAAUAAAAUAAAAAAUUAUAAAUCACGCGUAACAAAUAUGUGCUGCGAUAAAAA